AUCAUUCAGCAGAAGACCAUCAAAAUGAGAGUGUGUAAUUUUGUAGUAAAUAUGCCUUGAAUCUUGUGUGGCCUCAUUUAUCUAUAAAUUAGCUUUAUUUUCGUAAUUGUUGUCUGUUGUAAUUUGAUUAGGAUUAAUUGGAAUCAAUUUAAGUAAACCUUGUUAUCUGUAGUAGGUUAAAAGUAUUUGUUUUAAUAAGAAUGUAUGCAAUAUUACUACUUGUGCAAUUAUAAAAAGUCAACAUCAAUUCAAUUUUGCAACUCUUUCCUGUGGUAAAUAUUAAUGGAAUGAUAUUUCAUAAUGACAUUUUAUCUAAAAUCGUCGGAUACUCCUGAGAAAGAAAUUAAUGAAGAGGAUUCAUCAAAAGAUUUGAAACAUACGGAAGUUAAUUCAGAACAAGUGUUAGUGGGCAGGAACGUGGACCAAGUGUUGUCGGAGGCUGGUCGAUACUCGUAUGCAGCAAUAUGCGCCAUUCUGCUCAAUGCUCUCUACGACAACGAGUGGGACAGGCCAUUCGCCGAGGCCUGUCUACGAACCAUCAUCUCGCAUCUUGAUUUACCCAGCCAGGUGAAUCCAAUAAUGUUUUCGAUUUUGAAAGGAGAGACGAAGCAAUGCACGGCCGACACGGAGUCCUAUUUGGAGUUGAUUGUCAACGACUCAGUGGUGCCAACCGACGGAAAAGUUGAAGAGAUUGACAAACUUUUCUUUCUCAUGCAACAAACCAUCUUAUUAGCGGUUAGACAAGGUGUCUAUGAUGCAAGAUGGCGGGUAUUGAUGAGAUCAAUGGGAGAAAUAUUCAGUAUAGGUUGGCAAACCGUCGAACAAUUCGAGGCCACCAUUGUCAACUGUUUGUCCAUGAUACAACCGGUCAAAUCUGCCGAGGAAGUGAGAGGGGACAAAAUGCGGCAACGAUUGGUGAAGGCGAAACGGUACGCGCUGAUUGGUCUGGCGACGGUGGGGGGCGGGGCGCUGAUAGGGGUGACGGGGGGACUGGCGGCGCCUCUGAUUGGCGCAGGGCUGGGCUCGGUGGUGGGAGGGAGUGCACUGUUGGCAGCACUGGGCUCCACGGCGGGAACGGCGGUUGUGGCUUCCUUGUUUGGAGCUGCAGGGGCUGGCUUGACUGGCUACAAAAUGCAUAAACGAGUUGGCGAAAUAGAGGAGUUCGCUUUUGGAUAUUUGAGUCCGGUGUGCGCCGACAAUGCGAAAAUUGUGGACGAGUUGAGCCAGGCAAGUAGCGAUGCCAGUAGCGGACUCCAGUCAAGCAGCAGUGCAAGUAGCAGACGCCAGUCGAGUAGCGACAUUCAAGUAGUUCCAAUACAGCAACAGUUGCAUAUCACCAUAGCGGUCACGGGCUGGCUCAAAGAUGACCAAGAAGAUAACUUCACAAGACCGUGGCUAUGUUUGAGCAGCUCACGAGAACAGUAUUAUUUGAAGUAUGAGUCAAGUUAUUUGCUGGAACUGGGAAAGGCUAUAGAAUACUUCGUUAGCAUAGCAGUCAGUAUAGCUGCGCAACAGGCUCUGAAGUACACUGUAUUAUCAGGUCUGAUCAGCGCAGUUGCAUGGCCAGCUAGCCUGAUUGGCCUGGCGUCGGUGAUUGACAACCCGUGGGGCGUUUGCUGCCGGCGGUCGGCGCAAGUAGGCAAGCAACUGGCGCAAGUGCUACUUGCACGUGAACACGGACAGAGGCCAGUAACGCUCAUCGGCUUCAGUCUUGGCGCCAGGGUUAUCUACUAUUGUCUCCGGGAAAUGUCGGAUAGACCCUCGUGUGAGGGCAUUGUUCAGGAUGCUAUCCUUAUAGGAGCGCCUUGUGGAGGUCACCCUUCCGACUGGAAGAAGUUGACCAGGGUAGUGGCGGGGCGUCUUGUCAAUGGAUACUGCAGGACGGAUUGGCUGUUGAAGUUUCUGUACCGAACAUUAUCAAUGCCUAGUGGUGUGGCCGGGCUGCAGCCUAUAGAACUCAACAACAAGAAAAUGCAAAACGUCGAUCUAUCAUCGCUGGUUUCUGGGCACAGUGAGUACCCGGAUAAAAUCUACGAGAUUUUAAAAGCAGUGGGAGUAACAGUGAGGGAAGUUAGGAGAGAUGUCAACUCUAAACUAAAACAUUCCAAAACAGACUUCAUCAACAUUCCUAAACAUAUUUCGAAACCCCGAUCACGGUCAGAGACUGAUUUGCAAAGGCUGCAGACGAAUCCCAAUGGAACAUCAGCUGAGAUGUCAUCCUCCAAUCCGCCUUCGAUGUUCGCCUCGUCACUGUCAACUGAAAACGUCCUCGAAGACAACAAACAGACGUAAAAGUCAGUCAACGUUUUAUUUACUCAUUAAUUCAACCCAAUUUAUUCUCCGAUAAAAAUUUAUUCUCACUCUCGUGUUAUCGGAUGUGUAUGCUUUUGUCGGUCCCGG